AUGGCGCAUCUUUUGAAGCUUCCGGAAGAACUCUUCGUUGUUAUAGUUUCACUUCUCUCUAACAAGGAGAUAAAACAGAUGCGACUCGCCAACCGAGAGUGCCGUGAUCGUCUGGCGCUCCGGAUCGAACGCGUCUAUAUCUCUCCAAACACAACAAAUCUUGAAGUCUUCUUGGCCAUUUUGGAACAUCCUCAUUACCGCCCACUUAUCAGAGAGAUCAUUUGGGACGAUGCAUUACUUGAGCAUUAUCGUUCGCCAGAAGAAGAAGAAAUCGACUUUGAAGACGAUCAUAAAGAGACUGUCAAUCUCUUGUCGUACGACGAUUUCGAGCACGGUUUGGACGCCUAUCAAGGGCAAUGCUUUCCUGAUGGCCCGAAACAAUUUGCUGCAGCCAAAAAGUGGUCGAUGACUGGCCAGUGUCUGGAAGAGGAUGUCCCUGGCUGUCUGACAAUUCAGGAGAAUAUCGAUAUUUAUCGUCGGCUCUUUGAAGACCAGGCAAGAAUUAUCUUGGAGAAAGCAGACGUUCUUGCCUUCCGUCGCGGGCUUGCUGAAUUCCCAGCUUUACAACGAAUCACAUUGACCAGCGUAGCUCAUGGCCCUAUCAUUCACCGUCCUUGUCACACCACGCCCAUGAUCCGAGCCUUGCCGAUCAAUUUUAUGUACCCCUGCCCC